AUGUAGUUUUUAAAAAGCUGGAUUAAAAAAUUGAAAAAAACUUUUUCAAAUAAUAAAUCAGUUUACGCUGGUAUAGCUUUAGUGAUAUCAUUUUAUUUCUUAGGUAAAGCAAGUAAAGCAUAAUCUAUUCCAAAAGUUAAACUAAGCUAUUUCUUGUUAGCUUUAUCUUAGAAUAUAAUAUCAGAAGUAUUAGUUGAGGGAAAAACACUUUUAUUUAGAUCUACUAAUAGUAAUAAUUAUUAUCAAACCGAUGCUUCUAUGCUUUCUAAAGAUAGACUUUUCCUUUUACUAAAGGAAAAGCCAGAAAUUGUUUUUUCAAGCGUAGAGAAAAACAAAGGCAUUAACAUCGCCAACUUAUUAAUAACUCUUGCAAGUGCAUACCUCACAUUUAAAAUAGCAUCAAAAUAUAUUAUGCCAGAAAAAGAAAUUAAGCCUAUUGAUGAUGAAAUGAGAGUGAAAGUGAAAUUUGAUUAAAUUUAUGGACUUAAUCAUGCUAAAUCUUAACUUUAAGAAAUUAUCGAUUUUUUGAAGCAUCCUUCCAAAUAUCAAGCUGUUGGAGCUAGAUUGAGAAAAGGUGUUUUAAUUUAUGGUCCUCCAGGAACUGGUAAGACUAUGUUGGCAAAAGCUACUGCCGGUGAAUCAAAUGCCAAUUUCAUUUUCACUACUGCAAGUGAAUUUGUAGAAAUGUAUGUUGGUGUUGGUGCUAAGAGAGUUAGAGAUUUGUUUUCAAAAGCAAGAAAGUUUGCACCUUGUAUUAUAUUUAUAGAUGAAAUUGAUGGCGUUGGCUCUAGAAGAAAAAAUAAAGAAUCUGAACAAUAAGGAGCAGAAAUGGAAAGAGCAACUACCUUAAAUUAACUCCUUACUGAAAUGGACGGAUUCUAAUAAAUGGAAAAUAUAGUAGUUAUUGCUGCAACUAAUAGACUCUAGCUUAUUGAUGAUGCUCUUCUUCGUUCAGGAAGAUUCGAUACAAAAAUCAAGGUUAACCUUCCUGAUGAAGAAGAAAGAAAAGGUAUCCUUUAAGUCCACCUAAGAAAUAAAAAAUAAAAAGUAAGUGAUGAAACACUUCAAGAUAUAGCUAGUAAAAGUGAAGGUUUAAGUGGUGCUGAUUUAGAAAAUGUCACUAAUGAAAGUGCAUAUAAUUGUAUUCAUAAAGAAAGAGAUAUGAUUAAUGAUGAAGAUAUUUUAGAAGCCUUUGAUAAAAUAUAUAAAGAGAAAUAAAGUCAAUUUUAGUAUUUCUGA